UUCACUUCCUGUCAUUCUCCGGCUUGUGCCAUAACUUUUUAAAUUUACAUUUUAAGAUGGCGAUUCCAGCAGGUAAAACGCCCAUCAGUUACCUUCAAGAAUUGUGCACAAGAAGAGGCAUCACUCCCCAAUAUGAUCUGAUGGCUAAUGAAGGUGCUGUGCAUGAACCAAUAUUUAUCAUGAGUGUAACUGUUGGGGAUAUAGUCUCCACUGGAAAAGGAUCAAGCAAAAAGAAGGCUAAACAUGCAGCAGCUCAAGCAGCUUUAAACAGAAUACUGGGAUUACCCAAUAAUGAAACACCUGAAGUUAUUCCUGAAAAUGACAAUAGCAAAAAUGAGGAUGAUGGUCCAGGGAACCCAGUAGGUGAACUACAGGAGUUUACACAAAAACGCCUCCUGAAACCACCAGUGUAUGAAUUCUCCAGUGAUAUGGGACCACCCCAUGCAAGGGAGUUUUCAUGCUCAGUUAAACUUGGAAAAUACUCUGAGAAAGGAACAGGACGAUCUAAGAAGGAAGCUAAAAGGGCAGCUGCUAUGGCCAUGUUGACUCAUAUAAGAUCAUUGACACAGGACGGAGAAGAACAGGCAGUAAUUGAAGAGGAGGAGGAGGAAGACGACAUCCUCCUGAGUGCCACUGAACUCAGGCAGUCGUACACAGCUCUGAAAGAGGGGAAGAAACGUGUUCCUAUUCCAGCUGCCAAACAGAACAAAGAAAUACAACAGUUUUACAACAAGAUUGCCAAAGUUGACAAGAAAAAUGGCAAAAUAAAAAAUGCUUCGCUCACUGCCCCUUCAACAAACUACUGUCAGAUGUUACAGGAGAUUGCUGAAGCUCAACGAUUUGAAGUUAAUUAUUUAGAUAUAGAGGAAACUAGUCAUUCAGGAUUAAGACAGUGUCUUGUCCAGUUAUCAACAUUGCCAGUAGCUGUUCUACACGGGUCAGGCCAGAAUAUUUAUGAUGCUCAUGCUCAUGCAGCCCACAAUGCAUUGCAAUAUCUCAAACUUAUGAUCAAAUCAUAGCGAUGAAGCCCAGGUUGUCCCAUAGCCUCACUGUGGAUAAAUAAUGUCUUUUGUUAUUGCUGUGCUUCUUUACCUUGUUAUUGCUUUAUGAAAGCAUUUUGUGUUAAUAUUUUAUCUCUUAUUAUAUAUGCCAUUGACUGACCUUGAGGAGGUGAUUAUGAAAGAUAUAUAGAUAUAGGUAAACAAUCUUUUAGCUCUGACAGCUAAAAGCUGAAACACAUUAUUGUUCAAAGAUUAUUGGGUAGAAACUAGUUUUUCAACUAGGAAAUGUCAACUCAAAAAGAUACACAUGUAUGUACACAAAUAAACCAUAAUAAAUUACAUCAUUUUAUGAUGUAUGUGCUUAUACAUUUCUUGACUUGAAAGGAAAACAGAAAAUUUCAAUCUUUUGAAAGUUUAACUAUUGUGUCUUAUGAAAAAUUAAAUGAAAACUGUAUUUGAACUUUUUAGUUUGACUAUUUCAAAAUUUCCUUUUUCAAAUUUUUUAUUCAAUUUGUACCCAAGUUUUAAUACAUAGGCUUAAUAUUUCUUAGGUUGUGUUUAGAAUUGCUUUUAUGCAUACAUAUUUUUUACAUUUCAUAUUUUGUUUAGGUAUUUUGUUAAAAAAUAAUUUAUGUAUAUAUAUGCAAACAAAGUUCUAUGUUGUUUCUUGUCCAUUUUACAGUUUGUACAUUCUUUGCUAGCCUUUAAUACAUUGUCUCAUUCUUAUUCUUGUAGAUAUAUGUAUCUACAGUGGUCUUAGGUUUACUUUCAGGAUCAAUGGAGAUGUCCUGAUUUACAUAUUACAUUAGACAUAGAUCACUACAACUUACACAUUUUGUUUACUAUCAAUUAUUGCUCACAUAUGUUGACAUAACGAAGAAAUCAAAUGUUGACAUUACUUAUAACGGAGGGAUUGAAUAUCGUUUGUAUUGUUUUAUUACUAUUCAUGUGGAAGACUGAGGGAAAUUGUAGCCAUGUAUAAUUUAAUAGUAGUAUUGAAAGAUUGUAGAAAAUUCUUAUGGUGCUAAAUUUAUGAUGAAAUAAUUGUCCAUUUAAACAAUUAAGACACCUUUUUGUCAUCAACUGGCCAUAUUUACAAAUAUGCAGUUCAUUCAUUUUAUAAAUUUUACAAAUAUCUGUGUUUGAAACAUGAUUGCACUGUUAAAUAUUUCAAGAUAUUUUUAAAGGGCAUUUUAAGUUUGUUUAAUACAUAGUUUUGAAUAAAUGUCAUACUAUAAAUGUUGAGAAAGAUAUGCAAGUUUAAAUGAUAAACCAAUAUGACUAAAAGGAGAUGUUGUGUAUAUAUCAAUGAGACAGCAACCUAUUUACAUCCAUUGAUAUAUUUUUAUCACAACUGAGCUAAGUAGUCUAUGUAUGGUCCUCACCAAUAUUUCUAGAGCAUAUCCAUUAAUUCUUGUCUUUUAUAUUACACUGAUUUUAUUCUGUCUCAGUUAAGGUCCAUUUCUUAUAUAUAACUUUUUCUAAGUUUCGCAUUUAUUAAGUUCCUUUUCAGAAAUCAAAUGCAAGUCACCAUUACAUUUCUGACUUUUUAAUACACCAUUUUGAUCAAUCAAGACAGUGUCACAGUGACCUACCUUUUUCUCAGUAUUUUAAAGGAAGGGUGGGGCAUCUUUCAUGUAUUACAAGCAAAUCAUUUAGUUCAAAGAUACUCAUAACAUUCUUAAAUUUAAAGUAACAUGAGAGGGUAUUAAAGCAUUUAUGGGGAAGUAAAAAUCUGGCAAUUCUAAAUGCUGUUAUAAAUUGUUAUUAAUUCAGGUAGAGAUAACAAAAUACUCAUCUUCUUCAUUGCUGAGUCUGUUUAUAAAAGUGUCCAACUAGUCAUUUAGGAGCCAAACAUUUCAAAGAUAGAUCGAUUUCUGGAAAAGGCUUGGUUUACAUGAAUAAAAUAAUUUAAAAAGCUUCACAGGUGAAUUUUAUUUUUGAAAACAUAUGUAUCUCGCAUCAUUCAGAAAAUAAACACCAAAUGAUUUUGUUAGAAAAUACCAACAUUCUCCCCUGAAUGAAUUGUGUAAAUUUUUAUCUUGUUUUUGUAGAUUACUACCAGCAUCGUUGAACAAUUGUUUUGUAUUAUUAUAUAUAAAUAUACAGUAUUUGUACUUUAUGCUAUUUAGCAGUAUUUACAUAGUAACUACUUCAUGUAAUAUUCUGAGUCUUAGAUCUUUGUAGGAUAUCUGGUAUAUUGGUACCAGUGUUAACAAUGAUCCAAGGUUCAGUACACAGAUUGUAAACAUGUUUGUUGUAUAUUUAACAUGAGUGAGGUUAUGUCAUAUCCUGGGAAGAAGGAGAAUUUUUCUAUGUUGUUAUGUAAUAAAAGUUUAAAAAUA